AUGCUAAGUGCCAUCGUCCUCUUCGACGUCCUCACGAUCCUCAAGCAGCACCGCGAGUUCUCCCGCAACCUGCAGGCGCACACAUACACGGACAUCGCCUCGCUGCCAUCCUCUGUGAAGAACCAGAAGGUCUUCAUCGUCGCGCAGUUCUGGACAAAUGCAAAAAUCAUCCAAGACCGGUGGGGCCAGGCGCUGCUCGACCUCAUCGGCACGCUGGGCAAAGACAACGUGUACGUGAGCAUAUACGAGAGCGGGAGCCUCGACCGUACGAAGGACGUGCUGAAGAUCCUGGACGACAUACUCGCCGAGCACCAGAUCCCGCGGUCCGUGAUCCUCGACCCGACCUCACACGCGGACGAGAUCAACGUUGGUCCCUUGGAUGGGCAGGGGAACCCGCGGUCGGGAUGGAUCCAGACCACGACGGUGGGCGCAGGCAAGGAAUUGCGGCGGAUACCGUACCUAGCACGCCUGCGGAACACAUCCCUGAAAGUGCUCUUCGAGCACCACGCCCGGGGCAUCGAAUACGACAAGAUCCUGUACCUCAACGACGUGGUGUUCCGGCCGUCAGACGUUCUGACGCUACUGGCCACGAACCAAGGGUCCUUCACCUCCGCGUGCGCCCUGGACUUCCACUACCCACCGGAUUACUACGACACGUUCGUACUGCGCGAUAGCGAAGGCGACAGCACGAUCAUGAAGUCGUUCCCGUACUUUCGAUCUAUGGACUCGCGGACGGCAAUGCUGCAGGGACGCGCGACCAAGGUGCAGUCGUGCUGGAACGGGAUGAUCGCGAUGGACACGGCGCCGUUCUACGAGGGGCUGCGCUUCCGCGCACUGCCAGACAGCCUGGCGACGAAGCACCUCGAGGCGAGCGAGUGCUGCCUCAUCCACGCGGACAUGAUGGCGAUGAUGGGCACGGCCGCGCGCGGCAUCUACGUCAACCCGAGUGUGCGCGUCGGCUAUACGGUCAACGCGUAUAACCUGACGCACACACCCCCGGACCAGAACUUCGUCUCGGGAACACAGUACGUCACCGGUGUCUGGCUGAACCGCAUUAAGCGAAACCUCCUGAGCCGCGUCACCGCCGCCUCCAAGGGCGUAGCACGGAAGAUGGACCGCUGGCGUAAGGAAGCCGACUCCUCCCUCGAGAAACGAGACGAGAACGGAGAUAUCUGUGUCAUCGACGAGCAGCACAUUCUAAUCUGGAAUGGCUGGAAGCAUGUUUGA